AUGACGAUAUUCCAAAGCCGCAGCAUAUUCCCGCGCGGCCUGCAACGCAUUCACUUUGUGUGCCAUACUUCUCCUUCUUCUUUCACGCUUUGGACUAAACGGCGGAGCCAACGUGUUGUAACAUUUGCUUUGCCGGCGCCUGGCAAUUGUUCGAUAAGCUUCUCGACUUCAUCGCUAGACGAUGACAAAAGUAAGUAUUUAGUUUCGCAGCAUUCAAAGCCCAGAAAUGUGCAUGCUCGGAGCAAGUUGGAGCUGGAACGACCGCCUGAAACAGCUAGCGAGAUUUUGCGUUUUCUCAUCGGUCACCUGUGCCCUGGCGGUGACUCUCGGGAGGCCAAAGAGAUCAAGAAGAAGGUGCUAGUCUCGGCCGGUCUUGUAAUAGCUUCUAAGGCUCUGACCAUUCAAGUUCCAUUUAUGUACAAAGAUCUUGUAGAUGGCAUGAGUGAGGCUUCAUCGGUAUUAGCUGGCCCCACUGAGCUCGUGGUGCCAAUGGCAAUGGUCCUUGGGUAUGGAUUGGCUCGUUUUAGCGCCAGCGCUUCGUCCGAGUUGGCUAAUGCCGUAUUUGCGACUGUGGCACAAAAGACUAUUCGUAAGGUAGCGUUACGUGUGUUCAAGCAUUUACACGCUAUGGAUCUCAAGUUUCACCUUGAUCGACAAACAGGUGCUCUAUCGCGUGUAAUUGACCGUGGCUCGCGUUCGAUUGACUUCGUGUUGCGUGCGAUGGCGUUUCGCGUGGUGCCGACAGUACUAGAAAUUGGAUUGGUGAGCUCAAUUAUGGCGGCCAAUUUUGGACUUCCGUAUGCAGGCGUAACACUCGGAACACUUACUGCUUAUACGGCGUUCACAGUCUUAGUUACACAGUGGCGUGACGAAAUUCGGCGUGAAAUGAACCGUCUUGAGAAUGAAGCUGGAGCAAAGGUUAUUGAUUCGCUAAUAAACUACGAGACAGUCAAAUAUUUUAAUAACGAGGAGCACGAAACAGAUCGGUACGACCAAUCGCUCAAAGGAUACCAGACAGCAGCCCUUAAGACGCAGACUUCUCUUGCUAUGCUAAACGUUGGACAAAAUGGUAUCUUUAGUGUUGGUCUCACUGCUAUCAUGUUUAUGGCGUGCGAAGGAAUUGCUGCUGGAACACUCACCGUCGGCGACUUGGUUUUGGUAAACGGCUUGCUGUUUCAGCUGUCAAUUCCGCUGAACUUCAUCGGUAGUAUCUACCGUGAUGUGCGUCAAUCGGUGACAGACAUGGAAUCAAUGUUUAAGCUUGGCUCAGCAACUCCGCUUAUUACAACACCGGAAGAAAGUCUUACUUUAUCCGGCAAGGAGCCCAAAUCAAUCGAGUUUCGCGGUGUAAGCUUCGGAUAUCUUCCGGAGCUUCCAAUAUUACGAAAUGCUUCUUUUAAGGUUGACGCGGGAACUCGUGUUGCCAUCGUUGGUACAAGUGGAUCCGGCAAAUCUACGGUGCUCCGAUUGCUUUACCGCUUUUAUGACCCUCAACACGGGACAAUUCUUAUCGAUGGAAAGGAUAUUCGCCAGCUGAAUUUAGACGAGCUUCGUCACGCAAUCGCAAUUGUUCCUCAAGACACCGUGUUGUUUAAUGACUCGAUCUAUUACAAUAUUAAUUACGGCCGUCUCGAUGCAACAUCAAAUGAGGUGAUGAAUGCAGCUCGAGUCUCAAAAAUCCACCGAUCAAUCGAGACGUUUCCAGACGGCUACAACACACGUGUAGGUGAGCGUGGGUUGAAGCUGUCGGGCGGUGAGAAGCAGCGUGUAUCGAUCGCGCGCGCUGUGCUUAAAAACUCACCUAUUUUGCUUCUUGAUGAGGCCACGAGCGCCCUCGACUCGGACACCGAAUCUGAGAUUGUGCGCGAAAUCGCAUCGAUUGGCGCAAACCGCACUUUGUUAAUCAUUGCUCACCGUUUGUCAACUAUCCAGAAUGCCGAUCAGAUUAUUGUUCUUGACAAUGGUCAUGUGAUUCAGCAGGGCUCGCAUGAUGAGCUACUACGCGAUGUCAAAGGGAAGUACGCCGAGAUGUGGGCUCGUCAGAGAACGACCUGUAGCAGUGAUGAACGACAAAACGACUAA